CACAUCCAGCCCCGCUGUCACAUGACUCAGCAGCCGCCGCCGCCGCCGCCGGGCUGAGUCCGGCGAGCGCCGCGCGGGGACGGGAGGGACCUGCCGCUGCCGCAAUGAGCCCGCGGCCCCGCGCCGGCGGCCGCUGCCGCCCUUGAGCCGCACCGCCCGCUGCGCGGCGCCGCGCUGCGCCCCCGCUGCGGAAGCGCCCCGCUCGCCGCGCUGCCCGGAGCCCGGGGGGGCCCCGCCGCCGCCGCCGCCGCCGCUGCCGCCGGCAGGGGUAAUAUGCUCACGCGGGUGAAGUCCGCCGUGGCCAAUUUCAUGGGCGGCAUCAUGGCUGGCGGCUCGGGCGCGGAUCACGGCGGCGGCGCGGACCUGCCGCUGCGCUUCCCCUACGGGCGGCCCGAGUUCCUGGGGCUGUCGGCCGACGAGGUGGAGUGCUCGGCCGACCACAUCGCCCGCCCCAUCCUCAUCCUCAACAAGGAGACGCGGCGCCUGCCCUGGACCACGGGCUACGCGGAGGUAAUAAAUGCAGGGAAGAGCACACACAAUGAAGAUCAAGCCAGCUGUGAAGUGCUCUUUGUCAAAAAGAAAACUGGAGGCACUAACUCUACACCAAACAAGAACUCAUCAACAAAACGGAGGUCAUCGCUGCCAAAUGGAGAAGGUCUCCAGCUGAAAGACAGCUCGGACACAGAUGGGAUCAACUUAUACUACUGGUCCCUGUUUGAUGGACAUGCUGGAUCAGGGGCAGCCGUUGUCGCUUCCAAACUGCUUCAGCACCAUAUCCUGGAGCAGCUGCAGGAGCUCGUGGACAUCCUGAGGAACUCGGCCAUCCUCCCGCCGACCUGCCUGGGAGAGGAGCCCGAGCAUCCGACAGCCAACAGCAGGACGCUGACACGGGCUGCCUCACUGCGUGGUGGGGUGGGGGCACCGGGCUCGCCUAGCACGCCUCCAACACGCUUCUUCACGGAAAAGAAGAUCCCACAUGAGUGCCUCGUAAUUGGGGCAAUAGAAAGUGCAUUCAAGGAAAUGGAUUUACAAAUAGAACGAGAGAGGACUGUGUAUAAUAUUUCUGGUGGCUGCACAGCCCUUGUUGUGGUGUAUUUAUUGGGGAAGCUUUACGUGGCAAAUGCUGGUGAUAGCAGGGCUAUAAUAAUCCGAAAUGGUGAAGUCAUUCCAAUGUCUUCAGAAUUCACUCCAGAGACCGAACGCCAGCGACUUCAGUAUCUGGCUUACAUGCAGCCCCACUUGCUGGGAAAUGAGUUCACGCAUUUAGAGUUUCCACGGAGGGUGCAGCGCAAGGAGGUUGGAAAGAGGAUGCUCUACCGCGACUUCAACAUGACCGGCUGGGCGUACAAAACCAUUGAGGAGGACGACUUGAAGUUUCCUCUUAUAUAUGGAGAAGGCAAGAAGGCUCGGGUUAUGGCAACAAUUGGGGUGACCCGAGGACUGGGAGACCAUGAUUUGAAGGUGCAUGACUCCAAUAUCUACAUCAAACCCUUCCUGUCCUCAUCUCCCGAGGUAAGAGUCUAUGACCUUCUGCAGUAUGAGCAUGGGCCAGAUGAUGUUCUCAUUCUAGCUACUGAUGGACUCUGGGAUGUGCUGUUAAAUGAAGAAGUGGCAGAAGCUGUCACUAACUUUCUACCAAACUGUGACCCUGAUGAUCCCCACAGAUACACGUUAGCGGCGCAGGACCUGGUGAUGCGAGCCAGGGGAGUGCUCAAGGACAGGGGCUGGAGGAUAUCCAACGACAGACUGGGCUCCGGAGACGACAUUUCUGUCUACGUCAUUCCUCUAAUACACGGGAACAAACAGUCAUGAAAGUAGUGUCAAGAGUGAUUGUAGGAAGGGGAUCUCUGUAGGAAGGGCCUGUAAGAGACAAUAUGUUCGUGACAACCUGACCAGGACUUUUCCAAUUGAUAUAAUCUAUUCUAAACUAAUGCUGGAGGGGUAUUUUUCUGCCCGAAAGGUGGGCUCCGCACAUAUACUGUAUAUGACUAAAGAUAUCUCUUAAGAUUACAAUUCCCUUAUAGAAAUGGUUUUGGUGCUUAACAGGAAUGGGAUUUACAUGCUGCUAGUGUAUUAUGGAUUCUGUGGUCUCUCCAGGUGAAGACCUGAAAUAAGAAUUAAUUUUUUUCAGUUUACCAUGUAGUUUGGAAGAGCCAUUUUAGUUGUGAAAGUGGAAAUGGGUAUCAGAUGCCAAGGAAACUCCUGAAAUCCACCCUCAGAUAUUCAGAGCAGUGACUUGGGCCACAUCUCAUUUAAAAAAAACGUACAGAGAUAUAUAUAUGAGAUACCCAAAGUUUUUGUUCUUUCAAAAAGUUGCUUUCAUGACUUAUCUAUGGACAACUUGAAACUUGUGUAAUCCUUUGAAUCCUCAUUUUUCCCUCUUGUCUCUUCUUCAGUAGCACUCUGGGACUCUGCACCUCCUGUAUUUUACAUGUUUUAGUGGGAAAACUGAAAUUGUUUCCAGUGGGACUAUGUCUGUUCUACUGCAGCUAAAACAGCCAUCUGCAAAAUUGUCCAGGAGAAUAGAUCACAGUCUUGUAUUGCAAGAUUUAUCCUGGUAUCAGGAAUUAUUUGUCAAGAUUUCCUUGUUGCCUGUAUAGCAUGAUUAUACAGAGUGAGCAAACCCUGCUCCGUGUGGUGUUUAUCUGGAAGCCAUGGUUUCUUUGGGAUCAGAGAUUUUCAUUCCUUGAAUGGUUCUGUCUGCUUUAUCCUGUUGAAAGGAUCCCUGAACAUACAGUUUUUGCAUCAGUUGGGAUUCAGUAAAUUUUUAUGGGCUCCAGAGUAUAUUUUCAGUUGAGUUUCUACUAGAAGUGAUGGUAUUGUUCUGGUUAUCAGUCUGGAUGCCCAGGUAGUGAUCUAUUAAAAAAAAAAAAAAAAAAAAUCAUUUCUCUUCUUCCUGCCUCACCUAUUAUUCAGUAUAACCUGCCUGCUUGACUUGUGAUCAGAACAGUUUAUAACUUUUAUGUCCCUUUGAUAUUGAGGACUGCAGUUCAGGAUCAGAAGAUCACUGUGAUAGUUAACAAGCCGUUGGCUAACUUCAUCAGCAUUUUCCUAGCAGUGCUUAAUCAAUUUAAAAAAAGAAAAUCCAAGUAAAGCUUUAUCAGAGUAAAAGCAAUAGUCUGAGAGGGAACCAGCUGAGCAAAUUUACAGAUCAUGCUAGCUACCUGUUUUUCAAGCAGGUGGCUCUUCACUUCAUGGGCAGGAGUUAAAGGAGGAAAUCAGGAGGUUUCUGUGUAUAGAAAGGUACAUUGGCUGAGGAGCCAAAUUCGACCUGAAUUGCCCCCAGACCACAUUCUUCUGGAGCUGCUAAUCCUGCUUGUACAUAAAAGCUACUUCAUGGGUAGCCAAAAGACAUGGUGUUGACAUAAUUGUAGAGCACUGACUAGGCAUCUCACAAAUGCAACGUCUACCAAAGGAGAGAGUGCCAGCUGUACGAGAGGAUGCUGUCCUUCGCACACUCUGGGGUGUGCAGACUUUCUCCUGAACAGGAGUGGCCAAGAGCUUGCCAGUUUUAUAAUUUAUAAUGUGCUAUGUAAACAAAGUACAGUGUGUGUGCGGUGUAGUUGACCACAUGUUUUAUUCCAUUGCAUCCUGAGUACAUGUUCAGCAAUUGCAGUGAAUUUAAAAUUCCCUUUCUCUAAAUCUGCAGACUAGGUAGGAUUGCAGCCUGAGGUGAGGCAGUGCAGAGUGCAUAGCGGCUCAAACAUGCAGCAAACUGCAUGAUUUUGGCCUGAAGACUGUUCGAUGUGUUCCACAGUGCCUGCAUGUGAUGAAGCUGAGUGCAGAAUGGCAACAUUUUAUAUUCUAGAGCAUAUUCCUCUGCAUAAAUUAGUGGCAUGUCUGAUUUUGUAUUGUCAUGCUUUAUCUUGUUUCCUUUCCUUUUGCUUUUUUUUCUCCUUUCCUUUUACCUCUUUUUCUGUGUGCAACUGAAUGAAAACAGAUCCGCAGGCUUGAAGUCUAGAAUAUGUUUCUCAUGGCCCCUCAUAUGUUUUAAAGUUCAAGCAAGAGAUCUUUCUCUUGCACUUUUUUUUUUUUUUUUUUGCCUAAUAAACUUAUAAAUAUGCUUUUCAUGGUCUGUGUAACUCCUCUUGUCUCUUUGCAAAUGCAGUUGUGUAGUCCUUAGUGAUUCAGAUCCUCUUUAAUGAAGAAACUAAUGCUGGCAAUUCCUGCUGAGCUGUGUGAACAGAAGGGAAGCUGGUGCAUGCAAUUACCAACUGCAGGCCUGAGUCAAACAUUUCGGUGCCCAUGCGUUAGUCUUCAUUCUUUGGAAACAUGGUGUCAACACACCCACAGUUGUCGUAAAACCGUUGAGUACAAUAUUGUGGAAAUUAAUUUCCAGUAUAACAUUCACCAAAAUAUAAAACUGAAAUUUCAAGGCAAAGGAAGAUGUGCCUUCUCAUUCAGUGGUGUUUUUAAAUGCAACCCUGGAGAGGUGUGUUAGGAGGGUGGAUAACUCAUUGGGAACAAAGUGACUGGUCAGUUCUCAGAGCAAAAUCACAUGGGUACUGGUAUGGCUUUGUGAAUUAGCCUCCAAUACAUCUGUUCUUCAUCUGAAGUAUUGCCAUCAGGCAGCUGCUGCUUUGCAGUUGCUGUGCCUAGGUAAAGUUGUGUUAGCUAUGAGCCCUUUCCUGGAAAGGGCAGAAGUACAGUAUCAAUACUCUGAACCUGAAUGAGAUUGUAAUUCAGCUUGUGUAAACUGCAGCCAGUCCCCCAUAGUAAUAAAUUCUGAGAACAUUCAAGAGUAAUAAAAAGCUUCCCAGUCAGAUGUAGGUGACUGAAGUUAUAUGCUGUGAUGUGUUUUGUUUUGCUUUUUUCAUAGUCUGUUAUAUUUGUACAUGCCUACCUCCCUAGAGUGUCUCUGGCACACCUCUGAUGCACUACUUCAGUACUUGGGCUUUCACUUCUAUCGGCUUUCAUUAGGGGCUGCUUGCCAUGCCUGUACUGCGGUCUGUGCUCUGCUUCAAAGUAUGGUAUAAAUAUAUACAUAUAUCAAAGCACGGUAUAAUAGGAGACAGGAGUUGCUUAUUGGGGAGGUAUUGCGUGUGAAGCGAGGAUAAUUAAAAACAUUUCCAUUUCCCUUUCUAAGUUGAAUUAUUUCAGGAGUCACAGCAUUACAAGUGACUGAUGGCAGAGAGGAAGAGUUGCUGUGAUCCAUGUUGCAACAACCAUUUUUCAGCAAGGCAUGGAUUUUUGCCGUGCUCAAACUUGCAGCUGCUCUACUGCUCCAUGAAGCUUCUAACCUGAGGUAGGAACAGAUAGCUCACCUAAUCAAGCAGGAGCAAGUUAGGCACUAAAUCCAAAUUUUAUAUCCUUGGCGCAUCAUCUUAGUUACUGCCUGAUCUGGCAGCACAGUGCUUUUGCUGGUGAAGGUUCCCUUCAUAUCCAAAAUCGUUAUGCCCUAGCAGCAAGGAACCUCAGUCCUAAAUUGCCUCUGUGUUAAUACUGCUAUUGCACAGUGCUGGAUCCUUGCCAAUACAUUGGCACUGCUUACAAAGGUAGGCAAGUUACCAUUCUUUAGACAGUAGCAAGGAAAGGAACCAGUAUGCCAUAUAGUUCAGAUUAGCUGACAGUGUUACUCAUAUACCAUUGUCUUCUGAUUCCUGCUCCAGUCCAAUUUUUAGCAACCCAAAACCAAGUAGCUUCUACCGUUCCCCCAUGAAUACUCUUGCAGAAGUUAGUACAGUCAUUUCAGGCGUUUUCACUUGCACUACAGGCUAAAGUGUUCUUUGCUUAAUUUGAUGAAGUCGUCAGAAAUUUUUGGGGCACACAACCACCUUUUGUUAUACUGCUGCAGCGAUGCUUCCUUUAUGAACGUGAAAGCCUAUUGUCUGAGAGGACUAAUUUUCAAUAGCUUCAUGCUGGAGAGAGAAUGCUUUUAAUAUAAGAAAUGUUAAAAAGCAACAGCACUAACUAAAAGUAGUCUUAGUCUGCUGGAUUAGCGGUGGAUUUCCAUGUUAAAGUUAAAUCCCUGCUAAAACGUGACCACAGGGGUCUCUGAAGUACGGUAGAAUCUGUGCCUCCAAGAUAUUUUUGAAGAACUGCACUUGAUAUUUGGGCCGAUUUUGGCUUUGAACUUCUACUAGGUUUUUAAGGACACUACGUGCUCCAAAUGGAUCUGCUGUGUUUGUUCUUGCCUCAAUGUUUUGCUUUUAUUUUGCAUUUUCUGUACAAAUAGUUUCAACACUUUUGUAUCAAACAUGAAUUGCAAACUAUGUGGAAUUGUUGUUUUUCCCCAACAUUCUUGAUGUGUAAAUAGUUUUCCUCCAUGUGUCUUAGAUGAAGUUAUAGUAAUGUGGCUACUAUAUAGAGAGUGACCAAACGAUGCUGUAACUGUGCUGCUGUAUUUCUACCUGUGAUGUACUUGAAGGAGGGUGCCCUUGUCCACCUCCAUGUUCACUCUUUUCUUUUCUUUUUCUUUUCUUCUUUUUUUUUUAAGCAGUUGCUGGUGGUGUUCUUCCAUAGGUAUAUUAUUUUGGUUCAAGUUUUUUUUAAUAGCUGCCACAUUUUUUUUCCUUCAUUGGACAAGUAAUCUUAUUUUGAGAUCUGUACAACUGUCUAGGUUUUGUAUGUCCUGAAGAAUGGAGGACCUGCUGGAGGAAGGUGUUUUGGACCAAUGUACUUAAGCUUUGUGACUGUGAAAUGUUAAUCUUUUUGUAACCUAAGAACAAAAAAUGUUUAGUAAAGGGAUAUAUUUUAUGUUUUUUGAAACUUUUCAGUGCAAUGAAAAAAAGAGGAAGAUGCUGAAGAAGUGUAUGCGCAAAGAAGUUUUAAAAUAAAAUUUUAAAUUAUA